GAAAAUGUGCCUGAAACGUGGGACAGUUUCACUUUACCGUUACGUGGCGCUAGCGAACAGCAUGAUCGAGAGCACGUUGCCGUCGGCUCCGUUCACGCUUCUCAAGCAUGACGGUGCAUUUCUCGUGGAGACAAAUACCUUUGCUCGCGGAGCAGUGACUGAGUCCAAGCAACAAACUACACGUGGCACAACGGGCCAGUCAUUGGUGUCGCCCGAAAUCUUGAAGGCCAUGCUUCCAUCCAGAGAGUGGAAAGAUGAAAAUGGAAAGUGGCAGCAAAACGUGUCCAUGGAGCCUAGCAGUCGGGCAGAAGUGUUGGAGCUCCAGGAAACAUUGGCGUCCAACUUGGUCAAGGAGCAGGCAAAACAAGUGGGCAUCUGUGCAAAUCGAGAGCGACUGCACGCGCAAUUGUUUGAUGAAAUCAUUCGACAAGUAACCCUGGCGUGCCCUGAGCGUGGUCUUUUGCUCAUGCGCGUCCGGGAUGAAAUACGCAUGACCAUAGCGGUAUACCAAGCACUGUAUAACACGAGGUAGAUCAUCUCUGAGUCUUGUCAAGCAACUCAUGCAAGUCAACAAGUUUGUCCUUUGGAUUACGUAAGACUGUCCUUGCCGAAGAGGGGACCCAGGAAGUCGAAGACAAAAUUGCAGGACUUGAAGACGAAAUUAAGCAAUUGAAGGAGGAAGCGCUGCAAUGGUCCCAUCGCAGUAUGAUCUUGCAAAGCCACUACGCCAACGAGCGAGAGAAGCGAACGACUCAACAAACCAACGUCGUUGCAGCGCUCCAAGCACAAAUCCACCAGUUUGAAGCCUUUCGAGACUUGACCAAGUAAUGAUACGAGGGAUUUCUUCCGUUGCUGUAUUACCAUUCUUCAACUACAGUCGUUUCAAUGAUGGUGGGCACGUGAGCCUUGGCGCCACUAGCUUCUCCGGCUCUCCAUCCUCCAGUGUCGUCGCUGUUGUCCGAAUCGUCGGCGUCUGAAUCGAUGGCCCGAGGCUUGGAGUACGAUUCCAGUUCCAUCUGCGAUUUCGCCAUUCGGAUCAUUUCCAUCGAGAGCCUCGUCGAACGAUGUGCGUGCUCGGACACUACUUUUCAAGUGACAGGCGAGUGAAC